AUGGCUGUGAACUGUCGACUCGUCCUCGCCGUGGCGGUACUCUUGUGUCUGUGGGCUCUAGUUAAAGCCGCCGUCAUUCUGAAGCCGUCCAUCCAAGGCCGAGACAAACGUCGCGUGCCGGACAAGGCAUCUAUGGGACAUUGGAAACAUGACGACCUCAAGCGAGGUUUCACUCCGUCGGAAAAGUAUGCUAUUCUGGAGAAGCAUAAUGCGUUGAGAAAAGAAGUAAUGGCGGCCAACAUGAACCGCUUGGUGUGGAGUGACGCCCUGGCUGAACAUGCCCAAGACAUAGCCUACCAGUGUAAUCUAGAGUACAGUGAAGUUGGUGUCAACAUCGCUGCCCAGUCCUAUUUCUACAACGAGAUUGAGGCUACCAAAGGCUGGUACGAGGAAAAGUCGUUUUACGAUUAUGCCAACGAUGCAUGCCAGUUUGGUCUCACCUGUAAACACUACAAACAGGUUGUAAGGGCCGCGGCGACUAUGGUGGGUUGUGGAAUAACCUUCUGCCCUCUGAUGAACAGUAUCGCUAUGGAAGACGUGUACAUCAUCGUCUGCAGUUACAGUCCAGUAACCGCCAAAGGUGUCCCGUAUGAAAGUGGACCCCCCUGCUCACACUGUGACGAAGGCCGCUCUUGUUCAGACGGCAUGUGCGGUGGGUACUAA